AUGAAGAAGACGAAUAUAUGUAUACGUUCCAAAAACGUUUGUUAUGUGGUCAGGAAUCCCGUUGUUGUUGUUGGAAGGGCUUUAAACGAUACAGGUGACAUAUAUAGGCGAUAUGGCGAUUCGUGGGAUGGUGGUAGUAUACCGAGGGAAAGGUAUCGUUAUAAAAUAGUCGAAACUCCCGUUGAAUGGAGUCCCUCGAAAAAAUCCGAAAAUUCAUCAUUCGUUGAAGAACAAUCGGAAGCGGAAACGUUGAAACAAUUUAAAUUACUCAAAUAUCGUUAA